GCAGCAGUACUUGGAGCAAUUUACUGCGCGUGCAUCCAUUUCUUUCCGUUUGUGUUGACCAACGUCCUUUUUCUGGAAAUCCCUGUCCUAUUUUAAGAUAUGUCCCUCCAGAGUUUUUGGUAACACAGCUAUUCUGGUGACAAGCCUGCUUUAGCAGGGGGCGCCGCUGGCCCCAGCCCUGGUCAGGCAUAGCCCCUUUGGUAGUACCCUGCGGCUGCAUUUGCAGCUUGAUAUUAAGACCAGCAGCCUCAGACAUGGAAGACGAAGCUAGGAAGCGGCAUCAUCAUAAGAAGCACAAGAAGCAUAAACAUAAGGAGAAGGAGAGGGAUAAGCGGCGAGAGACAGCUGAACGCGAUCAGGAGGUUGGUUCUGACGUGGAAAGCGGGGAAAUCCGCUCAGACAGAGAUGGAGAUCUCGACCACCUUGCUGGUCCUCGGCAACGGGGCGACAGGCGUACUGACCCAUCCGUAGUAGCCCACAGGGCUGCCGGCGCCUCGCCAGCGGCGGUCAGUGACAAGUCCGACCCAGCCCGCAGGGGCCGUUGGGACCCUGCGGAGGAUGGCUCUCCUGGCGAGGCAGCUGGCGGUCAAGAGGAGCACACAGGGUCUCGUAAGCGUGAGCGCACGGACGCUGAAGAACGGGCGGCAGCAGACACCGGCAAGGAUGGCUCAAGGGGCCGCAAGGAACCCCGCCGCGGGGACGGCGAGGAUCUGGAGGAGCGCAAGUUGGCUGGGCGGGCCGAUGAGCGGCAGCGCGGUGACCGGCGGCGGCCUGACGAUGACACCCGGGAGCGGGAGCGCCCUGAUGACAGGGAGCGCGUGCGGGACCGUGAACGCGCUAGGGAGUACAGCGCGGGUGUCGAUCGUGAUGAUCGGCGGGACCGUGCGGACCGGGAACGUGCAGACCGGGAACGUGCAGAUCGGGAGCGUGCGGAUCGGGAGCGCCCAGAUCGGGAGCGCCCAGAUCGGGAGCGCCCAGAUCGGGAGGUUUACCGCGACCGUGACCGCGGUCGUGAGCGGGACCGCGAGCGCAACCGUGGGCUAGAGCGGGAACGGGACCACGACCGCGACCGCUACAAGGACCGAGAGCGGUCGGUUCGCCCGGAAGCUACGGACCGGCGGCCCAGUCGGGAGCGCUCAAGGUCACCUGCACCUGGUCGGCGCGCUGACGGUGCCAGGCGGGAUGACUCAAGGCGCCGCAGUCGCAGCCGCAGCCCAAACCGCGUCCCUGGCGACGAUCGCCGGGGCCGAGAUGGGCGUUCACGACUGACACGCGACGAUGAUGGACGAGGCCGUGACACGGACGUACGCCAGCAGCCGGCUGGGGACAAGUCGCCUGAGGAGGCGGACGCUGCUGCUCUGGCGUUGGUUGAUGACGAGGACGAGGAGGCGCGGAUUGAGCGCGAGCGCGAAGAGCGGCGGCGGCGACAGCAAGCAAUCCUGCAGCGACACGCGCAGCAACAGGCGCUGACAGAAACCGUGGUGGCGCCCACCGCAACGGCGCUGGCUGGCGCGGCUGCGUCUGCGCCCGCGGCACCGGAGUCCGCUGCAGCGACUCCCAGCCUGGGCGCGCCGCAAUCCCCGGCACCAGCAGCUGGCGAGGCCGCAGCACAGAUCCGUCACGUGGCUAGUGCGUCAGCACUGAACCGUAGUGUGCCGGGGACGCCCCAGCAGCAGGCAGUGGACGGCGGCGAUGGCGACCGCACUCCCGAGGGCGAGGCUACCAGCUCAAGUGAGGCCAGCGACUUCAACGCGGACGGGCCCGUGCUCGAUAUUUUUGCGCAAGAGCAGGCCGCAGCAGAUGACGCCGACAGUGGCGCUGCUGCCGCGGCUGUGGCCGCGGCUGCUGAGGAUGCCGAGCGGGAGCGGGAGCGCCGCGCGGCGGCGCUGUUGCAACAGGAGCCAGGAGCCAGCACGGAGCUGGAGCGGGUGGUCGGAAGGGGUGCUGAGCAUGGAGCCAAGCUCAUUGCUAAGCGCCGUAACUCGGGCACUGCUGAGCUAUUGGCGCCGGCGGACGAGGAGCCGGCAGCCAAUGAUGACGAUGAUGACGACGACAUGUUCGCUGUGGAUGACUCGGAUGCGCCAGCUGGCGCGGGCGCACUAGCGGCUGCACGGGCGGCCCCCGCUGCGGGCGCCGCCCAGCUUCACGACUCAUACGAUGACGCGGAGGGCUACUACAACUUUCAGAUCGGCGAGGUGCUGGACGGCCGGUACGAGGUGACGGAGUUCAAGGGCAAGGGCGUGUUCAGCAACGUCAUGCGCGCGCGCGACCUCGGCGCCGGCCGGGUUGCGGGCGGCAUUGGCGGUGGCAUUGGUGUGGCGGAGGUGGCAAUCAAGGUCAUUCGCGCCAAUGAGACCAUGUACAAGGCGGCGCUGACCGAGCAGGCCAUCCUGCGCAAGCUGAGCAGCUCUGACCCUGACAACCGCAAGCACUGCAUUCGCAUGCUCCGUUCGUUUGAGUUCCGCAAGCACAUGUGCCUAGUGUUUGAGGCCAUGGACAUGAACCUGCGCGACCUGACCAAGAAGUACGGCCGCAACAAGGGCCUCAACGUGACGGCGGUGGGCAUGUACACGGCGCAGCUACUGGUGGCGCUGCGCCACCUACGCAAGAACAAUGUGCUGCACGCUGACAUCAAGCCCGACAAUAUCCUCGUUAACGCGCGCCGCACCAAGGUCAAGAUCUGCGAUUUCGGCAGUGCCAUGCUGGCGGGCGAGAACGAGGUGACGCCGUACCUGGUAUCACGCUUCUACCGGGCACCGGAGGUCAUCCUCGGUAUGAAGUAUGAAUACCCCAUGGACAUGUGGAGCGUGGGCUGUGUGGUGUACGAGCUGUUCACUGGCAAUAUCCUGUUCCCGGGCCGCACCAACAACGAGAUGGUCAAGCUGAUGAUGGACGUCAAGGGGCCCUUCACCAAAAAGAUGCUGCGGCGCUGCGCCUUUGCAGACAAGCACUUCGACUUGAACGAGCCCAACGCACCUUUCAUCUACAUGGAGGAGGACACGCUGACGAAGAAGCCGGUGCGGCGCAUGAUCAACGUGCAGAACGCGAAGCAACCCUUUGCCCAGCUGCUGGCACCGGCUAUGCGGAGCGCGAAAGCGGAGGACCGCCCACAGAUCCAGCUGCUGGUGGACCUGCUAGAAAAGAUGAUGAUGCUGGAACCCGAGAAGCGCAUUGACACUGAUGCGGCCAUGCGCCACCCCUUCGUGCGUGCCUUCCUGCCGAAGAAGCACGAGCACAGACACGGCCAACGGCAGGACGAUUAAACCAAGCUACACAGGAACAU